GACCGGAACCAGCGUGCCCCCGCGCCCGCCUCGCCUCAGCUGCCCGCCGCCGCCCCGCCCCGCCCCCCACACCGCGGUGGCCACCAUCACUUGCCACUUGAAGGCAGCGAGUGGAGGAGUGACGGGGGUGACUGGUGACCGGUGAGCCUCGCUCUCGGCCGUCGGCCUCCCUCCCGCCCCCACACAAAAGCACAAAAGCCAACCACACCGCCCGUCACACGGCGCCGCUGCGGCUGCAGCCGCGGCGCAGGCAAGGCAGGCAGGCAGCCAGAGCCAGGCCACCCAGCUAGCGUUUAGGAAACGACGAGAUGGAUACGAGCGAGUGAUAGCUAACGCCACCGCUACGCUAAUACUAGCUGAGGCAAGCGAGCUGCGAGCACCGCUGCCCCCUCUGCGGUAGUGUGUGAACUGUGAAGGCCUGAAGGGGGACGGGAGUGCUGCCGCGCUCCGUGCCGUCGCUCUCACGGACUCGCCCGUCGGGUCCUCGCCCCGGGCAGGCAUGCGCUGAUGGAAUUUAGGGGCCAGGAGGAACCCGCCGAGGGGAUGGGCGCCAGCUCCGCGCCGCCGGUCGCGCCCAGCAGGGCCGCCCCCGCCCCGGGGAACCACGCGGCGCCCCCCGAGGUGGCGCGGUACCACGAGUGCCUGCGCAACCACGCGGUGGCGCUGGGUGGGCAUGUCGUCGACGGCUGCGGGGAGUUCAUGCCCGGCGCCGGCGCCGGGGACGACGCGCUCAAGUGCGCCGCCUGCGGCUGCCACCGCAGCUUCCACCGCAAGGACGACGGCCAGCGGCGCCAGCUGCUGCUCCCGGCGCCCGCGCCCGCGCCGCCGGUGACGCCGACGGCCCCGCGCGUCCCGCUCCUCCUGCCGCCGCCCCACCCCUACGCCGCCGCCAGCCACCCCAACUACGCGCCGCCGCCGCCGCCGUUCCCGUACCACGGCACGCCCAGCGGCAGAGGCGGCACCACGACGGAGUCGUCCAGCGAGGAGCGCGGGCCGCCGCCCGCGCACGCUGCCGCGGCGCAGGGGCACCUGCGGCGGAAGCGGUUCCGGACCAAGUUCACGCCGGAGCAGAAGGAGCAGAUGCUAGCGUUCGCGGAGCGGCUGGGGUGGCGGAUGCAGCAGGACGAGGCGCUGGUGCAGCAGUUCUGCGAGCAGGUCGGCGUGCGGCGCCAGGUCUUCAAGGUGUGGAUGCACAACAACAAGCACACCGGCAGCGGCAGCAGGAGGCAGCUGCAGCUGCCGCCGCAGGAGCAACAAUCCCAACAGCAGCCGCGCCAGCAGUAGCAGCAGCAGUAGCCAUGGCGGGAGACAAGGCUCAGCGCCUCGACCAUUUGCUUAAUCCCCACCUCAUUUUUUUUAUGAGCUCCCAGAGAGGUGGGAUUAAACAAGGGAAGUGAGGGCUCUAUCCUUUCUUCUUCCCUUCCUUUUCUGUUUUCACCUUAUCCUUCGAAUUUUUGUAGCCAUUUCGUCUCUUUACUUCAUGAUCUUGUUUGUUUAUCCUUGAUUUCUUCUGUUCCUAGUCGGGGGAUCAAUUGAAUGGAGGUGGUACUGUGCAUGUUUUUUUU